UAUUAUCGUUCAGUAUACUUCUGAAAAAGCGAUGAAACGCGCAGGCAUUAGCCGCCCGGUCGAGAUUGGUCUUCGUUUUAUUGGCAUGUGGCCGGAAUCGGCUUAUCCAAAUCUCUACUUGUUUAUGUUUAUGACAAUGAUAGCAGUUAUGCAAUAUUAUCAAUAUUUGUAUGUUGUUACGCGUUUUGAUAUGACUAAUCUCACGGUUCUAACGGAUUGUCUGGGUCUCGCCCUGGCGAACACUCUUGCUUUUUUUAAGUUGUUUUGUUUGGCGUGGAAUCGGAGGAUAUUUCAUAAUAUACUGGCAGCAAUGGAUAGAGACUGGAAUGAAUGCAUUAUCAACGAUUCUUCCAUUAUGAUGGCAGUCGCGAAUCAGUCGCGUCGUAGUUCCAUUGUGCUCAUCGGCAUCCAUAUACUAGCUGGGUUUUUCCUAUCAAUCGGUAUUUACAUGUAUCGCAUGAUGAGCAGCGAAAUUUCCCGAGACCUGCCAGUAAAAAUGCAAUUUUCUUUCAACGCCCUGGAAUCACCGGUUUUCGAGUGCAUUCUUGCCUUACAAAUGUUUUAUGUAAUGUCGUUAGCUUCUGUAGUUGGUAUGAUCAAUGCGUUGCUUGCGUCACUGGUAAGUACAUAACGAUCUCUCUUCACGAUUUUGUGAAAGCACUUUGUAAUUGCAGAUGAAAGAAAUUUCUUGUUUAGUUAAGGUA